AUGGCCCAUGGAAACCAACGGGAACUUGCCAGUCAGAAAAACAUGAAGAAAACACAGGAGAUUAGCAAGGGCAAAAGAAAAGAAGAUAGCUUGUCUGCCUCCCAGAGAAAGCAGAGGGAUUCUGAAAUCAUGAAACAAAAGAAGGAGGCUGCUAAUGAGAAGAAAUCUCUGCAGACUGGGGGAAAAUGA